AUGGAGAACAUGGAGGCAGAUAAGGACGACCUCACCACGAACCUUCAGCCACAAAACUUUGAGGCACAACGUCCUAGUGCUGGACAAAAGAUUGAGUUACCAAUGGUGAUCUCCCCGGCCGCCAAGAUCCCUUUCCCAGCCACUCAGAGUCUUAGACCAGCAAAGCCUUUCAGCAAUGCUCGCCAGUCCCUGAAAGUCAAUGCUCGCCAGGUCCGCCUCUCAAUACGCAGUUCUAAAGUACAUGUACCGGAUGAGUUCCUACAGAGGCUAGAUUUGGAAGCAGCAGCAGACGUCCAGAAGGGCAAAACACUUAGCAUCAAGGACAAAGGAUGGUGGAACUUUGUUUGCCACUUCGUAUUUGACCCUUUUUCAUUUAUAUACUACUGUUGGUUGUCACACAUAGCACUGGCUGUACUGUACAACUGUAUAGUUAUCCCUGUGAGAGUUUCUUUUAGCGACCUUGAAGAAGGGAGCUUCUUUUCAACUUGGGUGAUUCUUGACAUCUUGGCUGAUGCCCUAUAUGUCCUAGAUUCCUUUGCUUCAUUUCGAGUUGGUUUUUGGGAAAGGGGACUUUUAGUGUCGGACACUAAAGAACUUUUAAAGAAAUAUGUGAACACCAUGGCGUUCUACAUAGACUUAUUCUGUAUCAUUCCUACACAGAUCGCCUACGCAUUCACAACAAGAAACGUAGCACUGCUGGCCCGGUUUAGCAGGUUCUUCAAAUUUCACCGCCUGGUGAAGUGGAAUGAUCGAACUGAGUGCAGAACCAACUAUCCGACCCUGUGGCGGGUGAUAACGCUCUGUACCAUCAUGCUUAUGAUCAUGCACUGGAACGCUUGCUUCUACUUCUACAUAUCGACUAAUGUCAUCACACAAGAUCCACAGUCCAAUCUAUAUCGCAACAAGUUCUUAUAUCCGGAUUCGGAAACAAUUGGAGCUACAAAUCUGUAUUCAAGCACUUCUAUGAAAUACGCAGUUUCGCUCUAUUGGUCAACUCAGGCAAUGACAACUAUUGGUGAAGUUAAGCGACCAGAAGAACUUUGGGAGUAUCUUUAUCAUACUAUCAUACUUCUGAUUGGGGUCAUGAUAUUUGCUUCCGUUGUCGGAAGCAUCGGCAAUAUCAUCACUAACUUAAGAGCCAAUCGAAAUGUCUUUCAAGCUAGACUUGAUAAUCUCAAGGAAUAUAUGGGAUACAGAAAAAUUGGCAAAGAUCUUCAAAAUAGAAUCGUUCGGUGGUUUGACUAUUUGCGGGCACAGAACCACACUUUUGAAGAGGAAGAUGUAUUAAAGUAUUUACCAGAUAAGCUCCAAGCUUUACUCGCUGUCCAUGUGCAUUUAGAGACACUAAAGGAAGUGGAACUGUUCCAGAACUGUGAGCGUGGCUUCCUAACCGCCCUGGUGACAAAACUGAAACGUCAAGUGUUCUCACCCGGCGACUAUGUGUGUAGAAAGGGAGACAUUGGCAGAGAUAUGUUCAUAGUAAAACAAGGACUGCUCCACGUGACCACAGAUAACGGUCGACCCCUAGGUGCCCUCACAAGCGGCUCUUACUUCGGAGAGAUAAGUCUGUUGAACGUGGGGAUAAGCAACAACAGACGAACAGCCAACGUUCGGAGUGUGGGUUACUCUGACCUGUUCUGUUUGAGAAAAGAGGAUCUGUUGCACGUCCUCAAUGAAUACCCUGAGAUGAAAGAGGUUCUCAAGAAAGCAGCAAGAAAGCGGCUAGCUCAUGACGGGGAGCCAGAGGAGGACGAACAGACCCGUGAGCAUGAAAGGAGGGUAACGUUUACGGAUAUUGUUGAACAAACAGACAACCUUGAAAAGAGGUUGGAGGAUCUGGAGCAGCUGAUGCUAAUGGUAACCAAAGAGAUAAAGACGACCCAUAAGAGCGUGUCGACACUACAAAAACAUUUAAAUAAUAUGCACCCAGGCUCUAACUCUAACUCUAACCUUAACUCUAACUCUAACUCUAACUCUAACUCUAACUCCAGUAGUGACCCGGAAUCAGGAUUUACAGAGCAAAUCGUCUAG